AUGCAUUUCAACUUCCGUGAUUUAGUUUUAGCUCUUCUAUGCGCUUUUCUUGGAAGUAUAAAAGGCCUACUUGUGAACGAAGUAAACUCUUUAGGUGCAAUAGAAAUUUUUGGAUUGCGAAGCAUAGGAGCAACUUGUUUUCUGUUACCAAUCAUAAUUUUCUCCGACAGUCAACUGUGGUAUGACGCCAAGUGUAACUUAAUUCUAUUCUUGCGAUCAGUUAUCGGAAAUAUUGCUGUUUGUGGUUACUAUUACGGAUUCGUGUAUUUGCCAAUCUCCGAAGCAUCUCUGCUGUUCUAUUCCACCCCCAUCUUUACCAUAAUAAUAGGACGACUCUUCCUGAAAGAAAGAUGUGGUGUCGCAGAAUUGACAUCCACAACUCUGUCUGUGCUUGGUUUAGCUCUUGUGUGUGUGCCGAACUUCAGUAUGAAUUAUUCCCAGAGUAGCAUCAAAGGUGUGUCUGGCUGUUUGAUUGGUGCCUUUGCUCAAGCGAUUGCUUUAGCCAUUAUCAGGAAAAUAACUCAUGUUCCGCCUGUCGUCGUGAGCUUCUGGUGGGCGGUGAUGGGGGUUGUGUUUUCGUCGGUUCUGUGCAGUGUGUUUAACGAAAUGUCGCUUUGGAAGUGUGGAUGGGAAGCCGUUUGCGUAAUCCUCAUCUCAGUGGUUGGUUUCAUCAGCGAGCUGUGUCUGGUGUCAUCUUUGAAGUCAACGGGGGCUGUCAUCGUUUCGGUGGCCCUCACUUCUGAAAUCAUAUGGGCUUUCGUGCUGCAAAUGUGCGUCCAGCAGCAGUACCCGAGUUUGAUGACUUCGCUAGGGGGAGUCGCUAUUUUAAUAUCGGUUUCUGUGCCACCUGUAAUGAAAUUGACAUGUAAGCAAGACUUAAAUGAGUAGGUAAGCACGAACAGACAAUUCCGAUGAUAAUUCAGUGAUAGCAUUGAAACAUCAUGAUUCAAAAGAAUGACAGUUUUUGCAAAGGAAUUUCCUUUCCUUUUUGGUUCAAUGGUAAUUUUGAGUUUAUUUUCCUAUUUAAUGCUAACAAAGCUUUUCAUUGAAACU